AUGUUCUACGGCUGCUCUGAGUCCGGUGAUGGUCAGGUCCAGAUACACUGGAAUGGAGACCAGAUGUUAUACGCUGACUUCAAAAAUGGCAAAGCAGUUUGGACGGCGCCCCUGCUGGAGGAGCUGGAAGAUGUCCUCUCACCUCGGUUUUACAUCCUUGCUCUUGUUAGCAGAGAGAGACUACAUAAAUACUAUCUUGCUAAAGCUAUGAAGAUCGAAAAGAGUCCCACUGAAGAAAAAGCCCCGACGAUACUCAUCUACCCCUGGGAGGAGGAGGAGCCGGGGGAGGAGAACACCCUUUACUGUUACAUCAGCCGCUUCUACCCCCCCGACAUCAGUGUCGUAUGGACUAGGAAUGGUGUUCAGGUGACAGAAGGUGUGGCUCUCAGCAACCUGAUCCCUGAGAGCGACGGGACCUUCAGUCAGCUGGCCAGCCUCUCGGUCCGUCCAGAGACAGGAGAUGUUCAUGGCUGCAGCGUGCAGCAUCAAGCCCUGAGCCGCCCAGCCAACUCAACAUGGGCGCUGCCUGUCAGGCCUGCAGCCUCUGCAGCAGCAUGGCUCUGUCUGUCUCUGGGGCUCGUCUGUUUCAUAGCUGGAGUCUUCCUCUUGGUCCUCUCUGCUCAGCCCUCCCUUCGGAAGCAGCUGCUGGACUGCUGGCGGGCUGCAUACCAACGGGUCGCUUUAGGAGACUCCUGA